AUGGACCAAGAGUUUGACUUUACAGAGCACUCACACAGAAGAUUCAAUCCUUUAACAAACUCAUGGAUAUUAUGCUCACCUCAUAGAUCUAAAAGACCUUGGCUGGGCCAACAAGAGGAAACAUCUGAUGAUGCUCGACCUGAAUAUGACCCAACUUGCUAUCUUUGCCCAUCCAACAAGAGGUCGGGAGGAGCUUCUCAAAACCCACCAUAUACUGGAACGUUUGUAUUCACUAAUGAUUUCCCGGCUGUUAAACCGGAUCAGCCGCCGUUUGAAUCUGGAUCUUCAGAAGAUACUUUAUCAUCACGCUUAAUAAAGGCUCGUGGUGUCCGCGGUACUUGUCGCGUCAUGUGUUUCCAUCCUCGACAUGACUUGACCAUGGCUGAAAUGAGCCGUACAAACAUUGAAGCAGUCAUUGAUACAUGGACUGAUCAAGUAAAAGAAUUAUCGGCUCUGGAAUAUGCUCGAUAUGUACAAGUGUUUGAGAAUAAGGGUGCUGUUAUGGGGUGUUCGAAUCCUCAUCCCCAUUGUCAGAUAUGGGCUACGGAAGGCAUACCAGAAGAACCAAAGAAGGAAAUGGCGUCUCAAAUCGCAUACAAGGCCCAACAUGGAUCCUGCCUCUUGUGCGAUUACGUGAAUCUAGAAGUCUCAACACCAUCAACACCACGAAUCGUAAUCCAGAACACGUCAUUUGUAUGUCUGGUCCCAUAUUGGGCUGUGUGGCCAUACGAAACACUCGUCCUCCCUAAAUCUCAUAUAUCGUCUCUAUCUGAGUUAUCAGCUACUCAAAAAUCGGAGUUGGCAUCAAUAUUAGCAAAGAUUACAUGCCGAUUCGAUAACUUGUUUAAUUGCUCGUUCCCGUAUUCGAUGGGUGUGCAUGGUGCUCCUGUCGGUGAUCGUAGUGGAGUGAAUCAUUUACAUUUGCACUUCUAUCCACCAUUGCUGAGGAGUGCUACUGUUAAGAAGUUUCUUGUUGGAUACGAAAUGAUGGCCGAAUCACAACGAGACUUGACUGCUGAACAAGCUGCCGAACGUUUGAGAAAUUGUUCGGAAGUACAUUAUAAACUUGUGAAAAAUUAA